AUGUCCCAGACGCUCGUCAACCUACUUAAUCCCGCGACUUCUCCAUCUCCACUUUCACGGGAGGAAACAGGAAGCAUCACCUCAACUUACCAGGACCUUACCCUACAGCUCUUCAGCAUCCGCCAAGGACUCGCCUACAUCGCCCUUCUCAUGCCCAGCUUCGCAACCGCCCAGUCCUUCGUAGCCGGCAACAUCUCCCAGAUCGCGCCCUACGGCAUCCCAGCUGCCGACUUCGCCGCGGCCCUGUCGACCCCUUUUUCCGUGAGCACAUUCUCCAUCGCCGGAGAUGGGAGUUGUUCGAAUGUGUUGCCGGAUGAGUGUAUUCGUAAGCUGCAGACGAAUAGUGUGGUGGGUAGAACGGGGAGAGAUGGCGGUGGAGGGUGUCAGGAUUUGGAUAUCCCGGAUGAUUGUAAGAGGCGGCUUAAGGGCAAUGGCGGCACGGGGUUUGAAAUUACGCCUAUUGCCAACGCCUCGCUCACGGGCAGCCGCGGCGUCACGUUCUUCGCGUCCGGGUUUGAGCCGACGCAGAAAGGUAAUCGAUCGGCUCUUGCUGCAGCUCAGCGUCGGGUCUGGCCCGUCUUGCUGGCGUGGACGCACUUCAACGAGACGGGCGACGUCCAGGACAGCGCCGGGUACCUAUCGUGUGCGAAGACGACGGAAUCGAACAAGGUCACGGGCGGCGGCUCGGCGGUGGACCCUAAUUCCCCGGCCACCCAGGCGCGGUGGGCGUUCCUCGUAUGGGCGGUUGCGGCGGGGAUGAUCACAAUAUCCCUAGGAAAAUACGGCUCGUUCCCUUCCAACUUGAUCAUUGGCCGCCCAUACCACAUCACUUUUGAGCUUCUCGACAAGUUCCCCGAGGAGAACUCCUCACGAUUAAGGGUCGUCCCCACUAACGAGAUCUACGCCGAAGUCUUUACCGAAGAGGCAGCGCCAGACUGCGCGAAUCCAGCCACAGGCAGCGCGAACGAGACCGUAAUUUCCGCGACGGACGGGGAAGAGUUCAGCUUGGUUGACGACAAGGGAAACGUUGUGGCUCGCUCUAACCGCGAGGUCAUUGACGAGAAUGCGCGCCAGACGCUCACGCAAGACGAGAUCGAGGAGCUGAAGCGGGAAGGCACCAACGCGGGCAAGGAUGUGAUCACAAAACUGCUGCUCUCACACACGGCGCUCGAUCAGAAGACAAGUUUUAGUUUGGCAAAGUACAAGUUGCUCAAGACGAAAAAGUACAUUCGGAGAUUCCAGGUGCUGCCCAUCGAUGUGGCCACGCUAGCGCAAUGGCAGUUGGAGGAACGGGAUGCCAGCAAGAUAUUGGACCUCAGGGCGGAGAUGCUUGGUUUGGUUGGCUGCUGGGGAAAUGUGCACUUUGGAGGGGAGGACGUUCUGCUUCCGGAUCCGAACGCGGCCACGGACGCGGGAAAUGAAGCUUGCGUACCGGUGGACGACGACCUGCUCCGGGGGAGGUGGCUCGUCGUUGACGAUACCUGUGGGCUGUUGGUCGCUGCGAUGGCGGAAAGGAUGGGGGUGCUUUAUGACGAAGAGGGGUUGGAGCCAGGGGCAACGGGACAAGGGAAUGGAACGACGCAGGAGCAUGGGACACCGCAACCUGAUCGCACCGUGAUCGUACCAGAAACGGCUGAGAAGGAGGGCGAUACAGAGAUGGCAGACGCAUCAACGACAAGCCCAUUAAAACGCCAAGCCGAUGGGAAGCCGAAAGCGCAAAAGCCGCGCCCAUCCGACUUUGCCAUCCCUUACUCCCAAACAAACGCCAUCACCGUCAUCCACUCCGCCGGCCAGCCAAACCUCUCGCUCCUCAACUACUGGGGCUUCGAUAUCACCUCGCCCAACCACCCACCACAUCCACUCCUCAACCACCUGCUGAACCUCACCUGGCUCCAGCUCCUCAAGCCCGAACUGGACACAUCCUACUCCACCCCGCCCCUUACGGCUACCCCCGAGGUGCUCGCUUCAUGGAAGCCCAGCCGCCGCGGUAACUUCCACCGCAAGCGCCGUCGGUACGCCCGCAUCCGCCACAUCGUCGACAGCACGCGCGCCGGCAACUUCUCUGGCCUUGUGUGCGCGAGCACCAUGGACCCCAUCAGCAUCCUGCGGCACACCCUCCCGCUCCUGGCCGGCGGCGCUCCCGUGGCCAUCUAUUCGCCCUCGAUGGAGUCGUUAGCGGCGCUCGCGGAUUGCUUCAGCGUGCCACGGCGCACGGCAUGGGUAAGCGGGGUCGUUCCCGAAGUGGAGGGGCUUUCGAACGAGGAACUGGAGCGGUGGGCGGGCAACGAACGGUUCCCGUUGAAUCCGACGCUGCUGCAGGGCGUGUCGAUCCAGACGAGCCGCGCGCGCAAGUGGCAGGUGUUGCCGGGCAGGACACAUCCAUUGAUGACGGAGCGUGGAGGUGCGGAUGGGUAUGUUUUUACGGCCUGGCGAGCGAAGCCGGCUGAGGGGAAAGUGGCUGCCAAGGGGAAGUUUAAGCGGAGGAAGGUUGAGUCGGAGGUAGAUACCCCGACGCCUGUAUCAGCAGGUGUAGAAUAG